AUGUGGGUAUACUUCUUCGUUCUUCGACCAACAAGCCGACGAGGACAAACGUGGAUUUUCGAUUCUAGAACUCAUCGCCACUUCCAUGUUCAUCAAAUACCUCCCACUAGUCUUUCCAUAGCCACUAUUUCAAAGGUUUUGAUUAACCGUUCACAAAUCAAGUUGGACAAACGAGUUAUUGCUGUCGGUUUGCAAUUCUUUGUGGUCCUUUCAAGGAAGUGUCCUUGUACCGCCCCCAGGGUAUCUUUAGGGGCCCCUGAUUUCAAGUUCCAGCACGUAGCCCCCGAUCUCGCACCAACUCUUCUGUCUGAUUCUAUCAUUACCCCUACAUGUGCUGCAGCUCAGUAUCUCCCUCGUUGCCGCGUACUGGUUGCCUGGUUCUUAGGGCUAGCCUUCCUCCCACACUUUUAUUCUCCUCUGGCCUCUUCCUUCCCUUAUUCCUCCUCCUUCCUUUCUCACCACAGCCACAUCUCGAGCAGCUUGGGAAGUCACCUUGAGGCUUUCCUUUCCAGCUCACCUGCGCGCGUCUAA